AUGCCCAGCACAGCUUGGCAAGCCUACGCACGCACACAUGACCAUCUUCGAAUCGCCUGCCAGCGUGCCACAGUGAUACCUCACCGGCCAAUCAUAGUCCAGUGUGCUAAGACGCCGAUGUUGUUGAUGAUGCUACCACUACAGCUACUGCAGCUUCUGCUGCAGCAUAUCGGGGGAAUAUCAGCCGAUGUCGACGUAUUUGGUUCUGAAGCCCUACUGACGCACGCUACCAACAAGAUGGUGAAUGUGGAUCCCCAUAAGGUUAUGUGCACACAACUACCCGGAAAUUACUCGGUCCAUUGCAAUAACAGGCAUUUGCGUGUGUUUUGGAUACCACCGCAGGAUGAGAGCGGAAACUUCGUUAGAGCUGUGCCUACAUUUCGAGAGCUGCGACCACCCGGAGCCCAAGGGCGUUAUUACGACCACAAUGGCACUCGACCAAAUACCGUUUACGAGUUUGGCUUGAAUUACGUCACCGCAGAAGGGGUUGUAGCCAUCCCUCCACAUGGCAACAAAGAUUUCCCACGCUGUUUCUGCACUAGCCCACCUGACGCACCUGAGGCUCCGACAAACUUUAACUGCCACUAUCUUCACAAGAACGACUACGCCUGUGAAUGGAUGCCUGGAAAGGACUACGGAAGUCCCAUUGAAUAUUUCAAGCUGCAGUAUAAAGCCUACAACGCCUCCGACAUGGAUAAUCCCAAGUGGAUAGAUUUGGUAGAGGUGCCGGGCUCCUUAACAAAGGCGAACGUUACUCUACCCAUUCGCACCCCCACCGAGGUGCGCAUCAACGCUAUCAACGCCGUGGGACGCAGUGACACCACAGGGCGUCUAGUCAAACCGCCACUCUACUACCACACAGAAAAAAGUUGGAAAGCAGCUGAUGUGUUUACUUAUGGUGCGGUUGGCCUUGGAGUUCUGUUUAUCCUCAUCCUUCUUAUAGCUCUCAUCAUAUUUAGACGACGUCAGGCCUUCUCCAAGGCAAACAAAUCAUCGUUUCUCAUCAAUUUCAAUCGUGGUCGAGGCAGCAAUGGUGGUCAAGUGCGAAUGUACAAUGGUUCAUUGCAGGAUAACAGUUUCGCGGCAACGAAAACUACAAGUUUGAGCGGUCCACCGUUUGAAAUUCUCUCUUCAUUUGAACCCGCAUGGAGUCAGGAGGUGAAUUCUCUCUAUGGAGCAGGAGUGGCCAUUUCUGGCGAGACUAAUGAAGCCCUUCUCAACCUCGACCUGAUUCCUGCUUCGCAACUGCGGUUUUUGCGCUAUAUUGGAUGCGGUGCCUUUGGAAAGGUCUGGGAGGGACGACUGCUUGUUUCAGUUUCCGGAUGCUCUAGCUCAGAAGAUAGGUUUGAGCGGGUAGCUCUCAAGGUACGCAAUGUCAAAUCUCUGUCUGAAUCCGAAUUUAAACGCGAGGCGUUAUUGAUGCAACGGUAUCAGCAUGAAAACAUAGUUCGUUUUUACGGCAUAUCCAUGGACUCCCCAAAUCACCAGUGCCUCGUGUUAGAGAUGAUGGAACAAGGUAACCUCCGUGAAUACCUCCAUCGUGCCAGACCUCGAAUCACUCCAUCCCAAGCCGAGCACCUCUCAAGGCAAGAGCACACAGCGCGUAGUGAUCGAUCAAGUCGUCAGACUGAAACGACGGAAGCCACUACUGGAGAGAGUGUGUGUAGUGGGUUGGGGGCUGUUGAGCUUCAUGCAAUGCUGACGAUCCCGGAUCUUAUAAGAAUAAUGCGCGACAUCGCUCGAGGGUGCCGGUAUCUUGAAGAACAGCACUUUGUGCAUCGAGACAUUGCUGCGCGGAACUGCCUCGUCAGCCACAACCACGAAAGUGGCCGUAUUGUGAAACUCUGCGACUUUGGACUUGCUCGUGACAUCUACAAGAAUGAUUACUACCGCAAAAGAAAUGAGCCCAAAUUGCCUGUUCGGUGGAUGUCUCCAGAAGCAAUUCUGGAGGGCCUUUUCACUAGCAAGUCGGAUAUAUGGUAA